ACCGCCAACUCUUGCAAUUCAAGUCAUACCCCCAGCAUCCCGCAACCUACCCCCUUGGUAAUUUCCCCGCAAUACUAACUUAAACCAUGAAGAAUUCGCUAUUACCAUUCCGCUCCCUACGCCCGGCUAUCAAUGUCCCGCGUCGGAGGUACACUACCGUCAGCCCGGGAGCAGGAAGGCUGAAUGUCCCAACAGAUUAUUCCACUUCAUCAUAGUAAUCUUUCCCUCAAUAUCCCCUCAUCUCUCACCAGCUGACGAGUCCCUUCCUAGCCUCGCUCACACUCCCUCCCAAACCUACAACCUCCACACCGAUCUCCCAAAACACAUACGAUCCGGCAAAACCAAACGCACAAACUACUUCACAGCCGUGAACGAUGCUCUCCGCAUAAUCCUGACCACGGACGACAAGUCCCUAAUCUUCGGCGAGGACGUCUCCUUUGGUGGGGUCUUCCGGUGCACCAGUAAUCUCACCGACUCCUUCGGCAGCUCCCGCAUCUUCAACACCCCACUAUCCGAACAGGGUAUCAUCGGUUUCGCCAUCGGCCUGAGUGCGAGCGGGUAUACUGCGCUUCCUGAGAUCCAAUUCGCAGACUACUUAUUCCCAGCGUUUGACCAAUUGCACAACGAAGCUAGUAAGAUGCGCUACAGAUCCGGCGGUGCCGAGAUGUUCAACGCUGGGCGCAUGGUGGUCAGGAUGCCUACUAGCGCAGUGGGCCACGGCGGGUUGUACCAUUCACAGAGCCCCGAGGGUUUCUUUUUAGGGAUGCAGGGGGUCAUAGUCGUCAUCCCCAGAUCCCCGGUUCAGGCGAAGGGCUUAUUGAUCGCGGCUGCGAGGGGCGCGGAUCCAGUUGUUAUCAUGGAGCCAAAGAUCCUCUACCGCGCUGCUGUUGAGGAAGUGCCAUUAGAGGAAUAUGAGCUACCAAUCGGUAAAGCCGAAGUGCUUCAAGUUGGUACCGACGUCACACUCGUGGCCUACGGAACGAUGGUAUACGUCGCCGAGGCCGCGGCGAGAGCCGCCAAGGAGCGCUUGGGCGUUAGCGCUGAGGUCAUCGACCUCAGGACCGUGAGACCGUGGGAUAAGGAGACCAUUACCAAGAGCGUUAAUAAAACCGGUCGAUGUGUGGUUGUGCACGAGGCUAGCCGAACCGGCGGUAUGGGGGAAAGUGUGGCCGGCGAGGUGCAGGAGAGGUGCUUUCUGAGGCUUGAGGCUCCCGUCACCAGGGUUACAGGGUGGGACACCCCUAUGCCAUUAGCGUUUGAGGGGUUUAUGGUGCCGGAUGUUGUGAGGGUGUUAGACGGGAUUAAGAGGACUAUGGAGUAUUAGUCCAACGGGAGGGUAGGGAGCGGGAACACGGGUGUAGGUGAAUAGAAGUUUUCGGUAGUUUGUUUUUCCCUCUACCAUUCUUCGGUUCGCCCACCUCCUCUCCUCCGUCGCUUCACUUCUACCAUUCAGAAGUUGCACCGGCGAACAUCCGUUUUGCGGUAUAUGUUGCGUAAUUAGAAAACCUCAACGCUGGGUGGAGUAUAAUCUGCCACCCCGUAAGCCUUACCAUUAUAUCUAUGUAGACAUUUUGUACCCAUCACCGGCUCUGUUUUGGCCGCUGUUGCACAAGAUUUUUGUCUUCCGGAUUCAUUGGAAACAGUGGCUCCCAGUAUCCCUCGUGGCUCACUGUACAUAUUGUUCGGGAGUCCUUAUUAACUUUUUUUUUUUCCUCCUUCCAGCGUUGUUAGACUAAGAGUUUGGUAUUCUUGACACGGGAUGGGCCA